GAAUCAUCAGCUGUCGUCAGUUUUCUAGAAAAACAAAACGUAGUUGUGUGAAAUUUGUGCAAAUUUUUGUGGAAAAUUAAAGAGACAUGUCGGUUAAUACGGCUCACGCCAACAACGGCGUGCUCAUCCAUGCUGGAGAGUACAUACUGCUCCACAGCGACAGUGUCUCCAUGGAGUUCUCCGGUCAGGACAAUCCCAUCUUCAAGGGCUCCAAAGGUGGCAGGAUUUAUCUCACCUCCCACCGAAUGAUCUUCAAUAGCAAGAAGUCCUCGGAUUCGAUGCAGUCGUUCAGUGCCCCGUUUGUUGCUCUUUCGGAUGUGGAAAUCGAACAGCCGGUUUUUGGGGCCAACUACAUCAAGGGAAAGGUGCGCGCUCAGCCAAAUGGAAACUAUGUGGGCGAGGUCAAGUUCAAGCUCCAUUUCAAGGCAGGCGGCGCAAUUGAAUAUGGUCAAGCUCUACUGCGCUCCGCCAAAACGGCGAUGAACAACUACCACCGCGGUGGUCUGGCUGGUGAUGAUCCGCCACCCUAUCAGCCGGCUGGAUCCUGGAAUGAGGCACCACCGCCGGCAUAUCAGCCACCACCUGGAUACUAUGGCUGGCUGCCACAUCAUGACGCCUUCAGCGGCCCUGCUCCGAAUACGGUCUUUAUGAGCGACAAUCCGCCGCCGUAUCCGGGCAUCGCACCACCUGCUCACCAACCAGCACCGCAACAGCCGCAGGCUCCGUCGUCGAAUGAACCCAAUUGGUAUGGUUUUUCAGCGCCGCCGCCGCAGCAGCAACACCAGCAGCCGGGCUAUGGGCCACAGGGAUGGGCCGGUGGAUAUGUCCAACCUCCGCCGUACGCUUCAUGUGCGCCGAAUUGUCCACCUCAACCGCCGUACGCCGCUCCGGCUCAGACGUACAAUGGUCCACAGCCAUAUGGUGGAUACGGCAAUGUUCCUGGCGGAUUUAACACCCCCGGAUUUCAGCAACCGAAUGGAAAUCAAAAUGGCUAUCCAGGUGGACCACCGCCACCCGGACAACAAGCAGCAGGAGCAGCUGGAGGAGCCGCCGCAUCUGGUGCCAGCUUUAUGGGCUUCAGCUUGCCCCCUGGAAAUUCCAAAGAAGCAGAAGCUGCAGCAAGUGCUUACAACACACCCUACAACCAAGGCGGGCCCAGUGGAUCAGGCAACAAUGAUUUACCACCUUCUUAUAAUAACUUGCCACCCAGCUAUGAUGAUGCAUCGAAAAAAAAUCACUAAAAGAAGCUGCUUACUAUAUUCCCUUACGAAGAAAUGCUAAAUAACUGUAAUUACUGUUCAUUCCGUUGAGGAAACUCGAUAUGAAACUAAUCUAUACGAAAUUAUUGUUGUUUUCGGGCAUUUAAAAUGUGCUUGGUUGGAAUAAUUGCUUGGAAUUGUUGCUCAUUAAAUUCUUUCAUAAGCAGCAUAUUCUUCAUAUGCUUUGAUAUCUGGUCACAAAAUUAGAAUUUUGCUCUUUCGGCUUGAUAAAUUGUAUUAUUUUAUAUGUGAACAUAACAUUAACCAACUUGUUGUUAUAUGAGAAGAACAGUACUAUUUUAUUCGUUAUAAUAUAUAAACAAUUUAUUAUAUAAAAGUUA